AUGGCCUCGAGAGACAGUUCCUCAAGCACCCCUACAUUGGAUGAUGUCGACGAUCAUGUUACAGUAAGAGCAGUCGAUCGGCGUAACAUUUACACAAGCACAGGUGGUACGGAGCAAAAUGUGAGUAGCUCCGAAAAUGUAGAAGACAAUGAUAAUCCACUACAAAGGAAGAAGAGAGCCAAGACAUUAGCUGUGUGGUUAGAAUUUAGGGAGGUGGUUCUCCCUGGUGGUAUAAGGAAGGAAGAGUGCAUUCAUUGUAAAACAAAGCUGAAAAUGACUGCCACUGGAAGCACUACACAAUUCAAUAGACAUUUGAAGAGUUCUCAGGGUGCCUUUACUGUCUUGCCUGCUCUACGAGGCCAAUUUGAUAUGCUUAAGAUGAGGGAGCUUAUUGCACAUUGGGUAUUGAUGCAUGAGCAUCCGUUUUCUAUUGUGAAGGCAGAGGGGUUGAACAAUAUGAUGAAGUACGGGAUUCCUCAAUGGACUCCGAUUUCCCGUAAUACUUGUAAGAAUGAUUGUAUAAAAGUGUUUGAAAAUGAGAGGCAGAAGUUGCAGACCAUAUUGAAGGGUAUUGAUGAUAAUUGGAAGUUGAAUAGACGGGUGUUGAACUUUAUUCAUUUCCCUCCUCCCCGUUCUGGUGUUGCCAUUGUUGAUGCAAUUUUCAAGUGUUUGAUAGAGUGGGGAAUUAAAGCUAAGGUCCACACGAUCUCGGUGGAUAAUGCUUCAAGUAAUGAUGUUGCAGUAAAAGUGUUGAAAGAUAAUUUCCAAGCUACGGGGAAGCUCAUAUGUGGGGGUAAGAUGUUUCAUCCUGAUAUUCAGCAGUGGCGAUUACCAUUUCGCAAGCUUAUUCUUGAUUACAAAACAUGGUGGAAUUCAAAAUAUGAUAUGUUGGCAACGAUAGUGAAAUUUAGACCUUUUUUUCCUUGUUUGAAGGAGAGGGAUUUGAGUUAUCAUUAUUGUCCCAAGGAGGAGGAUUGGGACAAAGUUGAGAAAAUUUGUUCAAUUUUAAAGGUGUUUACUGGUGCAACGAAUCUCAUAUUAGGGAGUGAUUAUCCGACAUCAAACUUGUUUCUAAAACAAGUUUGUACAAUCAAAAUUAUGUUGGAUAGUAAGAGUCAGGAUGAAGAUGAGUUUAUACAGUCCAUGAUUUGGAAAAUGAAAGAAAAGUUUGACAAAUAUUGGGGAGAAUGUAAUCUAUUAAUGGCAGUGGCUGCUGUUUUGGACCCCAGAUUGAAGAUGAGGGUGAUUCAAUGGUCGUUCCCCAAGAUGUAUCCUGAGCGUGAAGCGCGGGCAAAUAUUGAUGUUGUUCGAGAUGCCUUGUAUGAGGUAUAUAGGGAGUAUGCUGAUGCCAGUAAAGCAUUGACUGUUGCCCGUGCUUCUACAUCUAUAGGGGAUGGAGUUGAGGUUGUUGGUGAGGGGUCGGGGGUCAUGGCAGAGAGGGCGGAGGAUUAG